UAACUGUACGUGUCACAAGCAGCCAGGCACACCGAGCGCGACUGAGGAUUGACACAUUGAGGUGUUUUAAUUGUCCAUGUUGUGUCCUGGGCUGCCUCACAGUGGGUUUAGCUGCUUUGUGUUUAAUAUCCACCCUGGAGGGACAGAGGAGGAGUAACGGGAGGACAGCGUGGGAUCUACGGACUGUCCGCUCCUGUAACGGUACUGAAAGUGUUCAGACAUGGGAGCUGUUCUGGGAGCCUUCUCCCUGGCAAGCUGCCUGCCGUGCCUGUGUAGCAGCGCCACCUGUCUGCUGUGCAGCUGCUGUCCCAGCACCAGGAACUCCACGGUGACCCGGAUCAUCUACGCCUUCAUCCUGCUGCUGGGGACCAUCGUGGCCUGCAUCAUGCUGUCCCCGGGGGUCGAUCAGCAGCUUAAAAGGAUCCCUGGCUUCUGUGAAGACGGGGCCGGCUCCUCUAUCCCUGGCAUGCAGGCCGAUGUCAACUGUGAGAUGUUCGUGGGCUACAAGGCAGUGUACCGCAUCUGCUUCGGCAUGAGCAUGUGGUUCCUGGGGUUUUCCAUCCUGAUGAUUAACAUCAAGAACAGCAGAGACCCCCGUGCUGCCAUCCACAACGGAUUCUGGUUCUUUAAGUUUGCUGCCCUGGUGGCAGUUACAGUUGGUGCCUUUUAUAUUCCAGAUGGGCCUUUCACCUACACGUGGUUUGUGGUGGGCUCUGGGGGGGCUUUCUGCUUCAUCCUGAUCCAGCUGGUGCUGCUGGUGGACUUCGCCCACUCAUGGAACGAGUCCUGGGUGGAGAAGAUGGAGACCGGCAGUUCCAGGUGCUGGUGCGCAGCGUUGCUGGUGGUCACUCUCAUCAACUACAUCAUGUCCUUUACUGCUGUGGUGCUGUUCUUCAUCUUCUACACAAAGCCUGAUGGAUGCUCCAUCAACAAGUUCUUCAUCAGCUUCAACAUGUUGUUCUGCCUGGUGGCCUCCUUCCUCUCUGUGCUGCCUAAAGUUCAGGAGUCGCAGACACGUUCAGGUCUCCUGCAGUCCUCCAUCAUCACCCUGUACACCAUGUAUCUCACCUGGUCCGCCAUGACCAAUGAACCUGAUCGAGAGUGUAACCCCAGCCUGCUGAGCCUCUUCCAGCAGAUAGCAGUGCCCACCCUGGCCCCUCUGGAGAUGGAGAACCAGACGGCGGUGCUGAUCCUGGGCCCGGACACAGAGGAGCCCGUCCUUACGUCCCCCUACCUGCCGUGGUGGGACGCCCAGAGCAUCGUGGGGCUCGCCAUCUUUGUCCUCUGCAUCCUCUACUCAAGCAUUCGGUCGUCCAGCACCAGCCAGGUGAACAAGCUGACCAUGGCUUCCAAAGACUCGGCCAUCCUGGCGGAGGAGGGCAGCAGCUCCGACCUCUCCGAGGAGGCCCCGGGGCCCCGGAGGGUGGAGGACAACGAGCGGGACCUGGUGCAGUACAGCUACUCCUUCUUCCAUUUCAUGCUCUUCCUGGCCUCCCUGUACAUCAUGAUGACCCUCACCAACUGGUACAGCCCUGAUGCAGACUACACAGUGACCAGCAGCUGGCCAGCAGUGUGGGUGAAGAUCACCUCCAGCUGGGUGUGUUUGGCCCUGUACGUGUGGACCCUGGUGGCCCCCAUGAUCCUCACCAACAGAGACUUCAGCUGAGCAGCAUCUGCGGCUCUUUUUACACAAAGUCUGACCACUUUGCCUACAUCUUACUUUCAAAAUACACUUCAAUGUAUGCUUUGGGCUUGAGAUUAGUUUCACUAUUUAAAGGGGGCCUUAUUAUAAUAUCAUAGUGACAUCACUAUUUAAUACUCGUGCUUCUAUUGGCUAGUGCUCCAACACAUUCUGCGUGAUAGGCUAAGGGCGGGACAUCUGUAAGCGGUUGACCAAUCACAACAGAGCUGGC